CGCGUGUCCUCCCUCUUCCCCGGCUCCCGGGGACGAGCCACCGCCCACCAUGGCCUCCAAGCAGGCUGCGGGGCGGAGCCCAGGGGAGAAGCGCAAGAGGGUGGUGCUGACCCUAAAGGAGAAGAUCGACAUCUGCGCGCGCCUGGAGAAGGGGGAGAGCAGGAAGGUGCUGAUGCAGGAGUACAACGUGGGCAUGUCCACCCUGUACGACAUCAGGGCCCACAAGGCGCGGCUGCUGCACUUCUUCGCCAGCUCGGCGUCCGGAGCGGCGGCGGAGCGGCGGCGGACCCUGCACACGCCCAAGCUCGAGCACCUGGACCGCGCCCUGUACCAGUGGUUCCUGGGCAAGCGGGCCGAGGGCGUGCCCGUGUCGGGCCCCAUGCUCAUCGAGAAGGCCAAGGACUUCUAUGAGCAGAUGCAGCUGACGGAGCCCUGCGUGUUCUCGGGCGGGUGGCUCUGGCGUUUUAAGGCCCGGCACGGCAUCAAGAAGCUGGACGCGUCUGGCGAGAAACAGGCAGCCGACCACCAAGCCGCCGAGCAGUUCUGUGGCUUCUUCCGGAGCCUAACGGCCGAGCACGGCCUGUCCCCCGAGCAGGUGUACAACGCCGACGAGACCGGCCUUUUCUGGCGGUGCCUGCCCAGUCCCAGCCUGGAAGGUGGGGCGGUUCCCGGCGUCAGGCAGAGCAAGGACAGGCUGACUGUCCUCAUGUGUGCCAAUGCCACCGGCUCCCACAAGAUCAAGCCCCUGGUGGUCGGCAAGGGCGGCGGUCCCCGGGCUUUCGGGGGCAUCCAGCAGCUGCCCGUCGCCUACAAGGCCCAAGGGAACGCGUGGGUGGACAAGGAGAUUUUUUCCGACUGGUUCCAUCACAUCUUCGUCCCGUCAGUGAAGGAGCACUUCCGGGCGGCCGGUCUGCCCGAGGACGGCAAAGCCGUUCUGCUGCUGGACAACGCCCGCGCCCGCCCGCGGGAGGCCGAGUUGGCCUCCGGCAACAUCUUCACCGUCUUCCUGCCCGCCAGCGUCACGUCGCUGCUGCAGCCCAUGGACCAGGGCAUCCGGAGGGACUUCAUGAGGCACUUCGUUAACCCCCCCGUCCCGCUGCAGGCCUGCCACCCCCGCUACGGCAUGAAUGACGCUGUCUUCAACGUGGCCUGCGCCUGGAGCGCUGUGCCCGGCGACGUCUUCAGCCGGGCCUGGAGGAAGCUGUGGCCAGCGGCCAUGUUCGCCGAGGGCUCGUCCUCUGAGGAGGAGCCGGAGCGCCUCCGAGUGAAGCCUCACGGUCAGACUUUCGCGCACAUUCUGGAGCUGGGGACGGAGGCCCCGGCCCGCCCUGGCAGCCGGCUUCCCCAGGCCACGGCAGCCGAGCGGGGCAGGCCGGGACACGCGGUCGGAGAAGGCCCGGCCCUGGGUGCAGGGAGCCUGGAGCUCGCCAAGAAGGACGGCGACGAGGCGGCCUGGGAGCAGGCCGCCUCGUCCUUCGAUGCCGUGGUCCGCUUCGCCGAGGGGCAGCCCUGCUUCACGGCACAGGAGGUGGGGCAGCUGCGCGCGCUGCGCUCCGUGUUUGCCAGGCAGAGGCAGGUGAAGUGGCGGCGCGGCGCCCUCAGGGCCGUGGUCAAACUCGAGGCCCCCCAGGAGGCCUCCACUCUGCCCUGCUCCUCUGCAGCCACUGAGCACUGACGUCCGCGCGACCCUCGCCUGCGGCCGGAGCGU